AUGGACGACUUCUAUGUCGAUGAUUUAUUGACAGGCGCGGAAACACCAUCAGAAAUACGACAAUUAAAAAAUGAAUUGUCUAAGAUACUAGGUCAGUCAGGUUUUCCAUUGCGGAAGUGGGCCACAAAUUGUCAAUUUAUUCUGGAAGAAGAUUCAAAUUUGGAAGUAAAUAAGGAACUCGCGGCUGAAAAGGACCCAAAAACUCUUGGGUUAAUAUGGGCAACAAAGGCAGACACCUUACAGUGGUCAGUCUCACAGUCAGAUACGAAACGCGUCACGAAACGUAUUAUAUUGUCAGAAAUUGCAAGGAUCUUUGACCCAUUAGGCUUAGUAGGACCUGUUAUUAUACAGGCAAAGAUAUUAAUGCAACGAUUAUGGCAACUUCAGACAGGAUGGGAUGAAUCAGUGUCCCAAGAAUUGUACUUAGAAUGGUUACGAUAUCGUUUAGAAUUAGAGCAAUUAGUCAAUAUCAGAGUCCCACGAUGCACUAUAGUAAGUAAAUACAAUAGAAUAGAAUUACACGGGUUUUCAGAUGCCUCUCAGGAGGCAUACGGGGCAUGUGUUUACCUGCGGUCAGAAAUAAACCCAGGCACGUGGGAGGUUCGACUAUUAUGUGCAAAAUCCAGAGUUGCACCUCUGCGAUCAGUGUCGAUACCUAGAUUAGAAUUGUGCGGAGCAUUAAUUUUGGUCCGACUAAUUAAGAAAGUGAAGGAAUCACUUCCACUGACGAUAUCGGUUGAAAGGUAUUGGACAGAUUCAACCAUUGUAAUAGCUUGGAUAAGUAGUCCACCUAAUAAAUGGAAGACCUUUGUUGCAAAUAGAGUUGCAGAAAUUCAGAGUAUCACGUUAAUUGAUAAUUGGAGUCAUAUUAGCUCAUUAGACAAUCCAGCAGAUAUUAUAUCUAGAGGAAUGACUCCUAGUGCAUUGGUGACGAGCACCCUGUGGUGGUCAGGGCCCACCUGGCUAUCUCGGGAUGCACGUCACUGGCCGGUCUCAGGUAGUGGCACAACAGAGGUACCUGAGGCUCGAGUUGUAAAGGUUUCACUUGCUGUUUCAGACCUAAGUAAGUAUUCCAUGUUUGGAAAAUAUUCAGAGUAUUCCAAGCUAUUGCGGGUGGUUGCAUUCUGUCUGAGAUUUAUUGAUAGGAUACGGAAUAAUGCAUCAUUGACUGGAGAAGCAACUCAAAACAGAUUAUCAUGUUUAGAGAUAAAUCGUGCAAGAGUAACGAUAAUCAAAUUAGUUCAGGAAGAAACAUUCCACGAUGAAUUGAUAGAAUUGAAGAAGGGUGAAAUGGUCUCAAAAAGGAGUUGUCUUUACUCACUUAGUCCAUUCCUGGAUGAGGGGGGAUUAAUCAGGGUGGGCGGCAGACAUGUGAACGCACCCGUUAAGUAUGAUAAGAGGCAUCCAAUUGUUUUGCCUGCUAAACACUCGUUCUCAGACCUCGUAGAAUCUUGUUUAAAUUCCCGUCCAAUUAGUCCUUUAUCUAUGGAUCCGCACGACACAAAUCCGUUGACUCCAGGUCAUUUUUUGAUCGGCGACGCCCUGUGUGCAUUGCCAGACACUGAUUUGAGGGACGUUGCUGUGAAUCGCCUGAAUCGCUACCAGUUAAUUCAGCAGAUGUUUCAGCAUUUCUGGCAGCGAUGGCAUAAGGAAUACCUCCAUCAAAUGCAACAAAAAUGGAAAUGGCGUACUACCUCGCAGCAGCAACCAGCUGAAGGAACAUUGGUCAUCAUCAAGGAAGACAAUUCUCCCCCCUUACGAUGGUGUCUUGGCCGAGUUGUGCAGACACAUAAAGGAAGGGAUGGAGUGAUACGCGUGGUCACUGUCAGGACCGCGGAUGCUACAUAUAAACGACCAAUAACGAAAAUAUGUAUAUUGCCUAUAGAGGACAAUUUAAAACAGAACCAUGGACCAACUUAG